ACACAGAGCAGUGCAGAACCUCAGACCAGUGCCUCUCUGUCCAAAUGAAGACCCGAGGAGGCCUCAGAGAAAGCAGCCCCAAAGCAGUCUCUGUAGUGGUAGACAGCUGUCCUCCUAGGCCUGGAGCAGACACACACACACACACACACACACACACCAAUCCCUGCAGGGCAGGAGAGAGACAAGUGAGGUAGGUGAGGGGGCUUGCCCAGCUCGGGUCUCCUCCCAGAGGGGGUCUCCUGGAGCCCUUGGGUCAGAGCUCAGGGAGGGCUUGGAUCAAGGCUCCUCUGUGACUUUGUUCCAAAACUCCAGGGUGGAGCCUGGGUCUAACGGAGCUGUAAGGGUCCUCUCACCCCUGCCCGGGGAGGAGGCAGCCCAGCACGGGCCCUUUAAGAAAGUUGGGGGUGAGGGGGGCCAACGGGGGAGCCCCAGCCUGAAACCGGAGCGCGGGUCGGCGCCUGCCCCGCCCCCGGAGUUAAGUAAGGCGGUGGCGGCGCGGGCAGCUCCAGAGCCCCAGCCCGCGGCGUAGAGCAGCCUUGUCUCAGCCCGAGCCUUGGCGCCUUCGGUGUCCGGGCUCCCUACUGCCACUCUGCUCGGCUCCUCCUCGCAAAUCCUGCUGCACAGCCGGGCCGCGAUGAGCUCCGGCCAGCAGCCUCCGCCUCCAGCCCCUGCCCUGGCCCUGGCCCUGGCUUUGACCCUGGUCAUGUUGGCCAGACCUUCAUCCGCAGCCUCCUUCUUUGGUGAGAACCACCUGGAGGUGCCCGUGGCCACAGCUUUGACCGACAUAGACCUCCAGCUGCAGUUCUCCACGUCCCAGUCCGAAGCCUUGCUUCUCCUGGCAGCGGGCCAGGCUGACCACCUCCUGCUGCAACUCUACUCCGGACGUCUGCAGGUCAGACUCACCCUGGGCCAGGAGGAGCUGAAGCUGCAGACCUCAGCUGGGACUCUGCUGAGCGACUCCGUCCUCCACACCGUGCAGCUGACUAUUUCCGACAGCGAGGCCUUGUUGUCAGUCGAUGGGCUCCUGAAUGCCUCAGCCCCAGUUCCGGGAGCUCCCCUAGAGGUCCCCUAUGGACUCUUCCUGGGGGGCACUGGAAGCCUUGGCCUGCCCUACGUGAGGGGAACCAGUCGGCCCCUGAGGGGCUGCCUCCAUGCUGCCACCCUCAAUGGCCGCAACCUCCUGCGACCACUAACGCCAGACGUGCCUGAGGGAUGUGCUGAAGAGUUUUCUGCUGAUGACAGUGUGGCUCUGGGCUUCUCUGGGCCCCACUCACUGGCUGCCUUCCCUGCCUGGAGCACUCGGGAUGAAGGCACCCUGGAGUUUACACUCACCACUCGGAGCCACCGGGCGCCCCUGGCCUUCCAGGCGGGGGGCCGGCACGGGGAUUUCAUCUACGUGGACAUAUUUGAGGGCCACCUGCGGGCUGUGGUUGAGAAGGGCCAGGGCACUGUAUUGCUCCACAACAGUGUGCCUGUGGCCGACGGGCAACCCCAUGAGGUCAGCGUCCACGUGGAUGCUCACCAGCUGGAAAUCUCCGUGGACCAGUACCCCACACGCACUUCCAACCGUGGGGUCCUCAGCUACCUGGACCCACGUGGCAGUCUCCUCCUUGGGGGGCUGGACACAGAGGCCUCUCGCCACCUCCAGGAACAUCGCCUGGGCCUGGUGCCGGGGGCUGUCAAUGUCUCCCUACUGGGCUGCAUGGAGGACCUCAGCAUCAAUGGCCAGAGGCAGGGGCUCCGGGAGGCCUUGCUGACUCGCAGCAUGGCGGCCGGCUGCCGGCUGGAGGAAGACGAAUACGAGGACGACACCUACGGCCCGUACGAAGCUUUCUCCACCCUGGCACCUGAGGCUUGGCCAGCCGUGGAGCUGCCCGAGCCCUGCGUGCCUGAAGCGGGGCUGCCUCCUGUCUUUGCCAACUUUACCCAACUGCUGACCAUCAGCCCGCUGGUGGUGGCCGAGGGUGGCACAGCCUGGCUUGAGUGGCGGCACGUGCAGCCCACGCUGGACCUGAGCGAGGCCGAGCUGCGCAAAUCCCAGGUGCUGUUCAGCGUGAGCCGCGGGGCACGCCACGGGGAGUUGGAGCUGGACAUCCCCGGUGCCCAGGCACGGAAGAUGUUCACCCUCCUGGACGUGGUGAACCGCAAGGCCCGCUUCGUCCAUGAUGGCUCUGAGGACACCUCCGACCAGCUGGUGCUGGAGGUAUCAGUGACUGCUCGGGGGCCCGUGCCCUCCUGCCUCCGGAGGGGCCAAACUUACAUCCUGCCAAUCCAGAUAAACCCUGUCAACGACCCACCCCGCGUCAUCUUCCCACACGGCAGCCUCAUGGUGAUCCUGGAACACACACAGAAGCUGCUGGGGCCAGAGGUUUUCCAGGCCUACGACCCAGACUCUUCCUGCGAGGGCCUCACCUUCCAGCUCCUUGGCACGCCCACCGGCCUCCCCGUGGAGCGCCGAGACCAGCCUGGGGAGCCAGCAACCGAGUUCUCCUGCCGGGAGCUGGAGGCGGGCAGCCUAGUCUAUGUCCACCGUGGUGGGCCCGCCCAGGACCUGACGUUCCGGGUCAGCGAUGGGCUGCAGGCCAGCCCUCCCGCCACCCUGAGGGUGGUGGCCGUCCGGCCCACCAUUCAGAUCCGCCACAACACCGGGCUGCACCUGGCCCAGGGCUCCGCCGCACCUGUCUUGCCCGCCAACCUGUCGGUGGAGACCAACGCUGUGGGGCAGGAUGUGAGCGUGCUGUUCCGAGUCACCGAGGCCCCGCGGUUCGGGGAGCUGCAGAAGCAGGGGGCAGGUGGGGCCGAGGGUGCUGAGUGGCGAGCCACGCAGGCAUUCCACCAGCGGGACGUGGAGCAGGGCCGCGUGAGAUACCUGAGCACCGACCCACAGCAUCGCAUGGAGGACUCUGUGGAGAACCUGGCCCUGGAGGUACAGGUGGGGCAGGAGAUCCUGAGCAAUCUGUCCUUCCCAGUGACCAUCCAGAGAGCCACAGUGUGGUUGCUGCGGCUGGAGCCACUGCACACUCAGAACACCCAGCAGGAGGCGCUCACCACAGCCCACCUGGAAGCCACCCUGGAGGAGGAGGAGGCAGGCCCAAGCCCCACCACCUUCCACUACGAGGUGGUUCAGGCCCCCAGGAAGGGUAAUCUUCGGCUACAGGGCACACGGCUGUCAGAUGGCCAGAGCUUCACCCAGAAUGACCUGCAGGCCGGUCGGGUGACCUACGGGGCCACAGCACGUGCCUCGGAGGCAGUCGAGGACAUCUUCCGUUUCCGUGUCAUAGCUCCGCCACACUUCUCCCCACUCUAUACCUUCCCCAUCCACAUUGGUGGUGACCCGGACGCCCCCGUCCUCACCAACAUCCUCCUCUCGGUGCCCGAGGGUGGCGAGGGUAUCCUCUCUGCUGACCACCUCUUCGUCAAGAGUCUCAACAGUGCCAGCUACCUCUAUGAGGUCAUGGAGCGGCCCCGCCAUGGGAGGUUAGUUUGGAGGGGGGCACAGGACCAGGCCGCCACGGUGACAUCCUUCACCAACGAGGACCUGCUGCAGGGCCGGCUGGUUUACCAGCAUGACAACUCUGAGACCACAGAAGAUGACAUCCCAUUUGUGGCCACCCGCCAGAGCGAGGGCAGUGGUGGCAUGGCCUGGGAGGAGGUACGGGGCGUCUUCCGCGUGGCCAUCCAGCCUGUAAACGACCACGCUCCCGUGCAGACCAUCAGCCGCGUCUUCCACGUGGCCAGGGGUGGGCGGCGGCUGCUGACAACAGACGACGUGGCCUUCAGUGAUGCUGACUCUGGCUUUGCCGACACUCAGCUGGUACUGACCCGCAAGGACCUUCUCUUCGGCAGUAUUGUGGCUGUGGAUGAGCCCACGCGGCCCAUCUACCGCUUCACCCAGGAGGACCUCAGGAAGAGGCGAGUCCUGUUUGUGCACUCGGGGGCCGACCGCGGCUGGAUUCAGCUGCAGGUGUCGGACGGGCAGCACCAGGCCACCGCGCUGCUCGAAGUGCAGGCCUCGGAGCCCUACCUCCAUGUGGCCAAUGGCUCCAGCCUCGUGGUCCCUCAGGGAGGCCAGGGCACCAUUGACACAGCUGUGCUCCACCUGGACACCAACCUAGACAUCCGCAGUGGGGAUGAGGUCCGCUACCGCGUCACGGCUGGCCCGCACUGGGGGCAGCUGCUCCGGGCCGGCCAGCCAGCCACAGUCUUCUCCCAGCAGGACCUGCUGGACGGGGCCAUUCUCUACAGCCACAACGGCAGCCUUAGCCCUCGAGACACCCUGGCCUUCUCUGUGGAGGCAGGGCCUGUGCACACAGAUGCCACCCUGCAAGUGACCAUUGCCCUAGAGGGGCCACUGGCCCCGCUGCAUCUGGUCCGGCACAAGAAGAUCUACGUCUUCCAGGGGGAGGCGGCUGAGAUCAGAAAGGAUCAGCUGGAGGCAGCCCAGGAGGCAGUGCCACCGGCGGACAUCGUGUUCUCAGUGAAGACCCCACCGCGCGCCGGCUACCUGGUGAUGCUGUCCCACGGCGCCUCCGUGGCUGAGCCACCCAGCUUGGACCCAGUGCAGAGCUUCUCCCAGGAGGCAGUGGAUGCGGGCAGGGUCCUAUACCUGCACUCCCGCCCCGAGGCCUGGAGCGAUGCCUUCUCCCUGGAUGUGUCCUCAGGCGUGGGCACUCCCCUUGAGGGUGUCCGUGUAGAACUGGAGGUGCUGCCUGCUGCCAUCCCACUGGAGACACAGAACUUCAGCGUCCCCGAGGGUGGCAGCCGCACGCUGGCCCCUCCACUGCUCCGUGUCACGGGGCCUUACUUCCCCACGCUGCCAGGCCUUGACCUGCAGGUGCUAGAGCCACCCCAGCAUGGGGCCCUGCGGAGAGAGGAAGGUCCUCAAGAGGGGACCCUCGGCGCUUUCUCCUGGAAAGAGGUGGAACAGCAGCUGAUCCUCUAUGCGCACGAUGGGAGUGAGACGCUGACAGAUAGCUUUGUCCUAGUGGCUAAUGCCUCAGAGAUGGACCGCCAGAGCCAUCCGGUGACCUUCACCAUCACCAUCCUGCCCGUCAAUGACCAACCCCCCAUCCUCACCACAAACACAGGCCUGAAGAUGUGGGAGGGGGCCACUGUGCCCUUCCCUCCGGAGGCCCUCAGGGCCACAGACAGCGACUCAGGACCGGAGGACCUGGUCUACACCAUCGAGCGGCCCAGCAAUGGGCAGGUAGUGCUGCGGGCGGCACCGGGCACCGAGGUCCACAGCUUCACGCAGGCCCAGCUAGAUGGAGGGCUGGUGCUGUUCUCACAUAGAGGAGCCCUGGACGGAGGCUUCCACUUCAGCCUCUCCGAUGGUGAGCACGCUUCCCCCGGACACUUCUUCCGCGUGACGGCCCGGAAGCAGCUGCUCCUCUCGCUAGAGGGCAGCCGGACGCUGACCGUGUGCCCAGGGUCGGUCCAGCCGCUGAGCAGCCAGAGUCUGAGAGCCAGCUCCAGUGCAGGCACGGACCCCCACCACCUGCUCUACCGCGUGGUGCAGGGCCCCCGGCUGGGCCGGCUGUUCCACGCCCGGCAGGGCGGCUCUGGGGAGGCCCUGGUGAACUUCACUCAGGCUGAGGUGUAUGCUGGGACUGUUCUGUAUGAGCACGAGAUGCCCCCUGAGCCCUUCUGGGAGGUCCGUGACGCCGUGGAGCUCCAGCUGUCGUCGCCCCCAGCCCCUGAUGUGGCCACCACCCUUGCUGUGGCUGUGUCUUUCGAGGCUGCCUGUCCCCAGCGCCCCAGCCGCCUCUGGAGUAACAAAGGUCUUUGGGUCCCUGAAGGCCAGCGGGCAGAGAUCACCAGGGAUGCCCUUGAUGCCUCCAACCUCCUGGCCACCAUUCCAUCACCCCAGCGCCCAGAGCACGACGUACUCUUCCAAAUCACACAGUUCCCCACCCGGGGCCAGCUGUUGGUGUCUGGGGAGCCCCUCGAUGCCAGGCGGCCCCACUUCCUGCAGUCCGAGCUGGCCGCAGGGCAGCUGGUCUACGCCCACGGCGGCGGGGGCACCCAGCAGGAUGGCUUCCGCUUCCGCGCCCACCUCCAGGGGCCGGCGGGGGCUUCCGUUUCGGGCCCCCAAACCUCGGAGGCCUUCGCCAUCACCGUGCGGGACGUGAACGAGCGGCCGCCUCGGCCCCAGGCCUCCGUGCCGCUGCGGCUCACCCGGGGCUCCCGCGCCCCGGUCUCCCGGGCCCAGCUGAGUGUGGUGGACCCAGACUCGGCCCCCGGGGAGAUCGAGUACGAGGUGCAGCGGGCCCCCCUCAACGGCUUCCUGAGUCUGGCGGGGGCCGGCCCGGGUCCCGUGAUCCGCUUCACGCAGGCCGACGUGGACGCGGGGCGGCUGGCCUUCGUGGCCAACGGGAGCAGCGUGGCCGGCAUCGUGCAGCUGAGCGUGUCUGACGGGGCCAGCCCCCCGCUGCCCGUGGCCCUGGCCGUGGACGUCUUGCCGGCGGCCAUCGACGUGUGGCUGCGCGCGCCCCUAGAGGUGCCCCAGGCACUGGGGCGCUCCACCCUGAGCCGGGAGCAGCUCCAGGUGGUGUCAGACCGGGAGGAGCCAGACGCAGCCUACCGCCUCACCAGGGGGCCCCGGUUCGGGCAGCUCCUGGUGGCCGGGCAGCCGGCCACGGCCUUCAGCCAGCUCCAGGUAGACCAGGGGGAGGUGGUCUUCGCCUUCACCAACUUCUCCUCCUCUCGCGACCACUUCAGCGUCCUGGCACUGGCCAGAGGUGCCAACACGUCGGCCACAGUGAACGUCACCGUCAGGGCGCUGCUGCGAGUGUGGGCGGGUGGGCCGUGGCCCCAGGGUGCCACCCUGCGCCUGGACUCCACCGUCCUAGAUGCGGGCGAGCUGGCCAACCGCACGGGCAGUGUGCCCCGUUUCCGGCUCCUGGCGGGACCCCGGCAUGGCCGCGUGGUCCGUGUGCCCCGGGCCAGAACGGAGCCCAGGGACAGCCAGCUUGUGGAGCAGUUCACCCAGCGGGACCUUGAGGAUGGAAGGCUGGGGCUGGAGGUGGGCAGGCCAGAGGGUAGGUCCCCUGGCCCCGCAGGCGACAGUCUCACUCUGGAGCUGUGGGCACGGGGUGUGCCCCCUGCUGUGGCCUCACUGGACUUUGACACUGAGCCUUACAAUGCAGCCCGGCCCUACAGUGUGGCCCUGCUCAGUCUCCCCGAGGCUGCUCAGACAGAAGCAAGGAACCCAGAGAGCAGCACCCCCACGGGCGAGCCAGGCCCAUUAGCCUCCAGCCCCGUGCCCACCGUGGCCAGGAGGGGCUUCCUGGGCUUCCUGGAGGCCAACAUGUUCAGUGUCAUCAUUCCCGUGUGCCUGGUCCUCCUGCUCCUGGCACUCAUCUUGCCCCUGCUCUUCUACCUCCGCAAACGCAACAAGACGGGCAAGCACGACGUCCAGGUGCUGACCGCCAAGCCCCGCAACGGCCUAGCCAGCGACACCGAGACCUUCCGCAAGGUAGAGCCGGGCCAAGCCAUCCCACUCACCGCAGUGCCCAGCCAGGGGCCCCCGCCAGGGGGCCAGCCUGACCCAGAGCUCCUACAGUUCUGCCGGACACCCAACCCUGCUCUCAAGAACGGCCAGUACUGGGUGUGAGGCCUGGCCUGGGCCCAGAUGCUGAUCAGGCCAGGGACAGGCUUGCUCAGGCCCCGGCCCCAUUGCUCCCAUGCCCUGGUGCUGUCUGAGUAUCCCCAGAGCCAGAGAUACCUGGGGACAUCUGAGGUGGAGGGUGCUGGGAGGAAGUCCCAGGGGUGCAGGACCAAAUAGAGUCAAGAGCUGGAAUCUCCCCAGCUUUCUCCACGCCUGGAGAACUGCAAGGGGGCCAAGGUCAGAGGCAGGCUUAGAGUCAGUCCCCCUGCCCUGGAGCUAGUCUGGGCUGUCAAAACCAGAGUGAUCUCCUAGAUAUGUCAGGACUCUGGAUCCUGGGUCUGUGAUCUUGGGUAAGUCACAUCUGACCCAGGCUGCUAAGAGGUCAAGGAGAAGAGAGGGUAGGGAAGAUAGACAGGGAUUCCUGGCUUUUCCACUCCAAGCCAAGGCUCCCUUUGUCUCUGCCCCAGGGUUGACGGGAAAACUUUUUCCCCUGGUUUUUUAGGGAGAUGGUAUUCCCUGGAGCAGAGGGCAGGAGGAGAGAGACCCUCCACUCUCUAGGAGACAUAAGCCAGUAGAAUAAUAUAUUCAGGGUGCAAGGUAAGGCAGGUUGCUCUGGGAAUGGGUUUAUUUAAGAGGGAUUGCAAGGAAGCUAUUUAACACAGUGUUGAGCUAGCCCAGACUAAUGGAGCCCUGAGAAUGUGGGAUGGAGGAGGGUCUGAGGCCAGUUCAUUCCCAGGGCCCCGCCUUGAUGGGCUGAGGGCUAGGUAGGCAGUAUGGGUCUGUGGCCCGGGAACAGGCGGGGCUGAGGAGCAUGUAGGGUCUCAGGCCAGGGGCCACUGUAAUGCCUGUGCUCCCCCAAGGACUGGGGGGUGAGCCAUUGGGGGCACUCAAGUCCAUGGGGCCUGGAUAAAUGGUGCUUUGGAGGUUCUGGACAGCUGUGUGUCAUUUGUCUGACCAUGCACUGGGUCCUUGUCCACACCAGCCUGCACUCCCCUGGGGCAGGCCAUCCUACCAGGCCUCAGCAAACAGGCAAGACAGAGCUACUCGAGCCCUAAAUUUCCACCUCUUGGGCCUUUCAGAUCUCUUCUGUCCCCACCUGUGUAGGCAGGUGGGCCAGUCUUUGUGGGAUGGGACCAAAGCCCUUUGGUUUAGUAGAGAUAGGCUAGACCUUCUCCAAGGAGCUUAAGGAAGCAAUUAAAUCAGGAGAUAUAUUCAGUGUCCCAGCCAUAGAUUUCUUUGCCUGAGUUUUGGCUUCAACAGCCUUGUCCCUCCCCACUCUCAAGAGGUUAGAGAGCAAAGGUGAGGAGACCAAGGGGGAGAAAGGGACCCCAAGGCUGGGACCUGAUACUGCUGGAGAGACAGAGGGGCCUGCCACAGGUGCCUUCCCUUGGCUCCCUGGAGAUUUUCACAAGAAAGGUUUCUUUUGGUCUCCACCCCCAACAAGAAGACCAAGGUGCUCCUUCUCGAAGGUAGGGUAAGCAGCAAGGGUUCUGAAAAACCAGCUGUCCCGAGAGGCUGUCAUCUGGUUAGAGAUGGAGCUGAGAUACAGGGUCUCCAGAAGACCCUCUAUGAGCUGCUAAGGAGCUGUCACCUUCUGCCCCUCUCCCUUUUGAGGGUCUCCCAGGGUUGCAGGUGAAAAGGACAGAUUCUGGGUCCCAGGUGAUACUGCCCUGGCAGUAGGCUGAUGUCCUCAGAGAAAAAGCAGCUCUCAGGGUGGGAGCAGGGGACCUGAGCACAGCCACAUUGGGGUGGAGAGUCCCAGCCAGCCUUUGGCAGCUGACCAGUGUCUGGGGACCAGAGUCACCUCUUCCCUGUGUCUCCGUAUCUGUAACAUCUGAACCAGGAACUAGGGCAAGAGAGGAAACUCCCUCCUCUCCACUGCUGCCCCUACAGCUCCCUGCAGGGACGCUUCUCAGUGCCCCUUUAACAUCUCGACAUCCCCUUAGAUUCUCCUUCACUCACAAGAUUUGGGCAGGACACCAGGAAUCCUGGUAUUUCACUGCUGAAAGGGCCCCCAGAGGAUCGAGGGCAGGCUGAGAGUCAGAAAGGGUUAGGGGGUUGUCCAGCCACACACAGCAAAGCAGCAUUAGAUUAGACCAGACCCUGAGGCCUGGCCAACUCCUCUUGCCACACUGAAAAGUCUGCCCCCAAGGAAGUUGCCAGGACCCAUAGAGAGGGACCCCCAUAGAGAUCCCUCUACACCAGAGGCUCAAAAUCCUGGCCUGGCUUCCUUUUACAACCUAGUCUCUCCAGCACCCCUCAGGCCAGCCUCACACAGGGGCCCUGCCAAGGUUGUCUCCACACCACACCCCACGUUCUUCCCUGCCUCUUCCUGGAGCUCAGGGCCAGAUCCUCAGGGCCCUAAUAUCUGGCGCCAGUCUCCACCCAGUUUCCCUGGGAGUGUAAGCUGAGACAAGGGUGACAGACCCGCCAGGCAGGAUCUGGCCUUAUCUCCGAUUUCCCCCAGAGGACUGACGACACCCUCUCUGUUCACUCAGCCCAGCCUGCCCUGCCCCCAGUGAGCUGGCACCAGCUGACACUGCUCCAGCUCCUUUAAGCCUGUGCUGGACAGCGGGCUGGCACCCAGGGCAUAGUGCAAGCAGCUCCAUGAGGACCUGGGAGCGGGUCUCUCACUGGAAUCCCAAACUUGGAACCCAAUCUAAAUGUGGGGCCUCAAUUUAUGCAAAUCCCUUGCAGAUUUCAGAUAUGCACCCAAGACUUAAAAGGGUUGCUAUCCACUUUGCGAAAUAACUCACUAUCGCCUAGCUUUAAGGAGCCAGCCUGUGUACAAGUGUUAGGAAAGUCUGGGAGCCUCUGACCCUCUUCACACACACACACACACACACACACACACACACACACACGCUGCACUUGUGCAAACAGCUGUGUACCUUUAGACCUUCAGAUACACAACACAGACAUAAAUACCUGCCUACAUAAUAACAUACACCCACACAAUAUAUACAGCUGCACACACAAACUCUGGAGAUAGUACCCCUCACUUGUGGCCCUCCCAACAGUCCCCAGAGCUGGCCAUGUGGAACCAAGGGCUAGGAUUCCCUGCCCAUCCAGAGACCCAAGCUGACAUCAGUAGAGCCAAGAAGUGAGCCCACAGUGGGAGGGGUGGUGGUGGAGGGGGUGUGGGAAGCAGGGUAGGGAUUGACAGAGGGCCCAGUUCCUAGGGUCCCUAGCUUAGAAGUCCUGCCCACCACCCUAAAUGGUCUAGCCUAUUAGAUGCUAAAGAAGGGGCUCCCUUUGGGCCCCUCCCCUCAUGCUAGGAGCUGGCCCACAGUUGCUAUGGCAGCUGUAGACCCCACUGAGCUGGAACCAUCAUCCUCCGAUAGAAAGCAAGAAAAAUGGAUCUUGACCCUGCCCUGCACCUCUCCUGACCAAUGGGAACUGCCAGGGUGUUGGCAUCUUCCUCUGGGCCCUGAAGAUUCAGGAUCUUAAAGGGAUUCAGGAUCAGAGAACUCUGGGCAGCCCCCAGAGUUCUCUGGUUGGGUCUCCCAUUCCUUGCCAUAACGUGUGAAGAUGCCCUGGCAAACGGAUGGAGGCAGGACAUUAACCAGACCUGCUGGACCCCUCUCUCCACAGCCCUUAUCCUCCCCGAGGCUCCGUUGUAGUUAACACCAUCUCUGUAUAGUUGCCGCUAGGAUUAGUCAGGCAUUGGCAAGGGCAUUUUGUGCCAAAACUGCUGUGGGAGAUGCACACAGGAAUCCACCCACCCCUGCCUGAAGAGCCCCAGACAUGCAAAUAAGUAACUACCACACCACGAUGUGUGCCCUAACCCAGCCGUGUCAACUGGCUGGUGAGGGGAAGCCCAGAGUGGGAAGGCACCUUGCUCUAUCAGCCUCCUUCUCUCCUUAGAGUGUGUCGGGUCUUUCCAUGGAAGGGGCAGCCAUGCAGCUGCUAAAGCUAAGCAUGCCCAACUACCUCCUGGUCACAUUUCCUAUCUCGGUGUAACGAGGUACGGCAUUUAACCGAUAGCUGCUGUCCUCAUAAAGGAUGCAGGCUCCUCCGAGGGCCACCAGGAUAAUUUGUGGGUUGUGCUGUGUUCCUUCACAAAGCAGAUGUCCUAAGACCCCCUACAGACAAAAGUAACCCUUGGUUAAAUUGACCAGACCAAGAAAGAACUUGUCUACCCAAAUGCAGCCUCAGCUGGUGGUGUCCCGUGCCCCACCAACCUGAGCACUGCCAGUUCUGUUAGCCCAAAACCUAGAGCUAAUCCCAAGGCUUCCUUCUGAUGCCUUGUGAGGUCAGAGAGGGAUCAAGUGACCCAGUCUCUGGGUCCUGAAGGCCCAAACUAGAUGGGUUGUCUAAGCCUUGUUGCCCAAAGUGGGUCCAUGGACCAGCAGCAUCAGAAGCACCUGAGAGCUUCUUAGAAAUGAGGACUGUGAACUCUGGCUCAGUCUGUAGAGUAUGCAACUCUUGAUCUCGGGGUUAUGAGUCCACCACGCUGGGUGGACAUAGUACUUAAAAAUAAAAAUCUUUAAAAAAGAAAAAGAAAAAUGAGGACUCUCAGGCCUCACCCCAGAUCUGCUGAGUCAAACCCUGCAUUUUAACAAGGUCCAGGUGAUUAGACAACCAAUGUGAUUAAGACACAUUGACUUAAGUCAUCCCCCUCGACUUCGACUGGAGAAACUGAGCUGCAAGAGGCAGAGACCAGGCCAAGAUCACAGCCAGUCAAUGACAGAGCUAGAAAGAGGUCAGACCACGUGAUCUAGUUCCAGAGUUUUGUCUUCCACCUCAAGCUGUCCAUCCUUCCCCACACCCAUUUGAAGUACCUAGGUGCCCCACAGAUCUGGGCAGAUAGGGCUCUGAUGUGGGGGUUCCUGCUCCAGGAGCCUCCACUCAGGACAAGAGGGAAGCAGAGGAGGGCCAGGCUAGCCAGGUCUGAUCCAGUGGGGAGGGUCUGCGGAAGCAGCCCAUUCCCACCCUAUCUCUCACAGACAGGUCCCAGAAAGUGCAGCAGCCCCUACCAACCUGCCUUCUGCAACCCAGCUAGUCCCCCUGUCCCCACCUGUCCAGGUUCCACCUACAGAGGGAGAGACAAAAGGAAGGGUCCAGCCAAGGUCCCCAGUCAGUACAUCGGGUCUCCCCCACAGUAGAGCAGCAGCAGCAGCCGGCAGGAGAGGGGGAAAGAAACUGCCUGCCAGGCUACUGCCCAGGCCUGAUCAAGAAGGAGGGGAUGCACCUCCCAGAGUACCCCAUCCUGUCCUGCAGAGGGCUGGGGAGCAAGAGGGGCUGGACCACUAACUGUCCCUUCUGGCUCCCAGAACAAAUGCUAGCCGUGGCCCCCAGGCUGUGUGCCGCCCUGGUGCUGAGUGCCUUCAGGGCCAACUCCCCUCCCCUCCCAGGUUGCUGAGGCCCCCGGCCCUCCACACCUUGCAGUAAAUAUAGUUCAAUGCUGUGUGCCCAUCAGAGCAGUGUCCAGCCUGGCCCAGGGCUAGGUAUAUAGCAGAUGUUCAGUAGAUAUCUAUACCAGAAUAUAGUUCCUCUCUUCCCACAGGCCAAAAGGUCUCUGACCACCAAUCUCACCCAGACCCCUCUUUCCUGGCUUCCCAUCUGGUUCCCCUGGCUUCUCUCAUCCCCAGGAAUGCUGGCUGGGCUCCCAACUGCUUGCUCUGGCCCCUAGACCCCUUCCAGGGCCCAGGCGGACCUGGCCCCAGGCCCUAAAUUCCUAAGGCGCUGGUUUAAUCUGUCCCUGCCAGACCCUUCAGCACUCACUUCUCUUCCUCCAUGCUCACCCAUGGCUUCCUCCCCACCAGAUACCUGGCGUCUCUCCGCUCAGAAGCCCAUGGGCAGAACACUUUAACCAAAUCAUAUGUGGGAGCCUGCCACCGAUAGAAUCGAAGUUGUUUGAAUGGGACAGGAGGAGAACACAACCCAGAACCCCCUUACACUCAGCCUUCCCCUAUCACUACAGCUCCUCGUCAGAACCUCCAGGAUCCACUGGCCCCUGUGCCAGCUGCUCCUGCCACUGCAGGGCUCACCUGAUCCCAACCUUCAGGGGCACAGAGCAGAGCCGAGCCAUGGGUGCCCCCAGAGGACCCCGCAUUCAGUCAGAGGUCUCAGGGCCCCAACCUUAGAGGAGUGACUCACCUUAAUCACCCAGCAUACCUCCUGGAGGACUGAAACCCUUCCAGAUGCCAAAGAUGCAUCUUUCAGCAGUGGGAUUCCUAGCACCUAAAGAGGCAUCAGGGCAAGUGUGUGGGUCAGAGACGCCAGACAUGCUGGCCAGCGCAGAGCCCUCCAAGAACCAGAGAGUAGCAGAAGGAACCCUGUUGGGUCUUGUUGGGGAAGAUGUAGCCUCUUCUAAAGGCCUGGUGAGCAAGCAGACAGGUGGGCGAGGCUGGUGAAGCCUGAGCACUCCUGGAAGGCUGUGAGUCAGGGUGGAAGGGCUCCUUCUGAGUCAGCCCUGCUAGGAAGGUUGCCCUGUGGGUGUGGCUCCUGGACUAGGCAACUGGGCAGGGUUCUUGGACCCCAAGAAGGUUCCAGGCCCCAGAACUUCAGCCCCUCUGCCCCAUGAGCUGCCUGAGAACCUCAGUCUGGGGACAGAACCCAUGAACUGAAGGAGGGAGGGCAGAGAUGGUGAUUGUGUCUACCCAAUGAACUUGUAGAAGUCCACCCACCUUGGAUGGGAUAUCUGACCCUAGAAAGUACAGAGCCAGGCCUGGGAGAGCUUGUUACCUGCUUUCUGCCUUCAGUCCCGCCUCCUGUCUUCAUUUCUGCCCAUUUCCCAGUUCCUACUGCCGUGAAUCCUGUGUGGUUAGCCAGAGGCUCCACUCCUCUGCCUGAAUUAGAACCUGUCAAAACAGUGCAUCUGACCAAGGCUGCUUUUCAAAGGGUCAGUGUUGUGGCAAAGCUCUUAGAACAGCACCAGGCACAAUAGUAAAUGCUCAAUAAAUAUUGACUAUUAUUAUUAGUGCUGUUAUAAUGGUGGUUAUUAUUGAAUUGCCUAACAUAUGGGUCUAUCCUAUCACAGAAGCUUAAUAAAUGUUCGAAGUUGA